AUGGCCAAUAACGCGGAUCUUUUCCAGACGCAACUUGAUCUUAAUGCCCUGUUGCAAAACAGGCAACAACAGGUACUAACGGUUGAACAGGCAAAAACAAAUCUCCUUUCACUACUCACGUUAAAGCCUGAUUCGGCUAUUGUCAUUAUUGAUACCAUCAUAGUAGACCGUUCCAUCAUUCUCGGCGAUGUAUUGAGCAAGGUGGGUAAUAAUGCAGAGAUCAUGGCCGCCCAAGACCAGGUAAGUAUCAAUGAAUUUAUCGUAAAGGAGGUAGGUGCACAGCGAUACCCGACACUGCGUGCACAAGCAGGGUAUAAUUUCACCCGUAACCAGACAUCGGCAGGUAAUGUACUUUUCAAUCGCAAUGCCGGCCCUUCGGGUGGUCUCACCCUGGGUAUACCUAUUUACAACGGUUCGAUCUUUAAACGACAGAAGAAAGUGGCGGAAAUAGAUGUGAAGAAUGCCGCUCUUCAACGUGAUAUAUUGCUUCGGGAUUAUACUGCCGGUGCGGUUCGAACCUACCAGGCCUAUGCAUCUUCGCUCAUCCAGAUUGAUACGCAGCAGCGCAACGUGGAGCUUGCUCAAAAGCUGCUUGAUCUUGUCCUUUUACGUUUUCAAUUGAGACAGGCAACGAUCGUGGAGGUCAGGCAGGCACAGGAAAGUUUUGAGAAUGCAUCAUUCACGCUGACCAACCUGAGCUUUGCCGGAAAGUCUUCAGAAAUUGAAUUACUCCGUCUUAUCAACCAGAUAAAAUUUUAG